GGAAGUGACCCAGGGAUGGGACAUUGCCCUGAGUGUCCACUUGCAGUUGAGCUCUCAGAGAACUCAAGUCGUUUCUAUGUGUUUACAAUGAUCCAAGACCCCUCUAGGAACUUUUUCACCAAACCGAAGGAAGAGAUGAGGCAAGAUCUGUGCUGGGCAGAUCCUUUGGAGUGAGGCUACUGUGCACAGGCGUGAAAGUGAGCCAUUCCCUUCUCUUUGGCAGGUAUUGCCUCUUAUUCAUCACUCCACUGCAGCUAAACAGUAACCAAAGACCAUGUGACCACUGCCCAGAGGGACCUGAAAGGCUGGUGAUGCUGGUGAAUUAAAGGAAUACAACGUCUCUGGAUGGUGAAACGGGGAUUUAGGAAGUAUUGAUUCCAAAACAUCAUUCCCGAAAAAUCUGAAUCUCAUACUUUCAAGAGAACUCUGCAGAGGUGUUGCCAAGGAAGUCAGUGUUUAGAAAGCUCCUCUGAAGGGAAAGGGAAGACUCAAGGGGCCACUGGGAUGCUUCAAGCAAGAGAAAAUGAGGAGAAAGACGAGAAACUUCAAACAGAAGACAGUUAAGGAUAAUAAAACAUUCACAGAAGUGAGUGACCAAGAAUCUGAAAAAGACGACCCUACAAUAAAUGAGAGAAGUCAGGCUGAAAAGAGACAGUAUGUGUGUACUGAAUGUGGGAAAGCCUUUAGUCAGAGUGCAAACCUCACAGUACAUGAACGAAUCCACACAGGAGAGAAACCCUAUAAGUGUAAGGAGUGUGGAAAAGCCUUCAGUCAUAGCUCCAACCUGGUUGUUCAUCGGAGAAUCCACACUGGACUGAAGCCCUACACAUGCAGCGAAUGUGGGAAAUCUUUCAGCGGUAAGUCACACCUCAUUCGGCACCAGGGAAUCCACAGUGGGGAGAAAACUUAUGAAUGUAAGGAGUGUGGGAAAGCCUUUAGUCGGAGUUCUGGUCUCAUUUCACAUCACAGAGUUCACACUGGCGAGAAGCCCUACACUUGUAUCGAGUGCGGGAAAGCCUUUAGCCGUAGUUCAAACCUUACUCAACAUCAGAGAAUGCACAAAGGAAAAAAAGUUUACAAAUGUAAGGAGUGUGGGAAAACAUGUGUUUCUAAUACAAAGAUUAUGGACCAUCAGAGAAUUCACACUGGGGAGAAGCCUUAUGAAUGUGAUGAGUGUGGGAAAGCUUUUAUCUUAAAGAAGACCCUUAAUGAACAUCAGCGACUUCAUCGUAGAGAGAAACCUUACAAAUGUAAUGAGUGUGGGAAAGCUUUUACUUCUAAUCGAAAUCUUAUUGAUCAUCAGAGAGUGCACACGGGAGAGAAACCCUAUAAAUGCAACGAGUGUGGAAAAACCUUCAGGCAGACUUCUCAAGUUAUUCUACAUUUAAGAACCCACACAAAGGAGAAACCCUAUAAAUGUAGUGAGUGUGGUAAAGCCUAUCGUUAUAGCUCACAGCUUAUUCAACACCAGAGAAAACAUAAUGAGGAGAAAGAAACGUCAUAAAUGGCAUAUAUUGUUGGAAGUGGGGCUAACUGCUACUUUCUGGAAAAGCAAUUUUUCAGUAUCAUCAACCUUAAUUCUCUAAGAAUUCAUACAGAGAAAGUAAUCAGAAGUAGACAAAGAUUAACAGAAGGGCUAUUCAUGCCAGCAUCAUAUAUAACUGGACGAAGAAAACUAGAUUUUCAACCGUACAGGGUUUAAGUGAAUGAUGAUCUAGCCAUAUGAUGGUUUGGCACCCAUUGUAAACAUUUUUAAAGAAUAUUUAAUGCCAUGGGGGAAAUGAUUUAG